GUCGCAACCAGAAUCAUCGGCGGCGGCGCAUCAUCAAUGGCGGCUCAAGAAGGCGGUGAUUCUGAAGACGAUGCAAUACUGAUCCCCGAGACCGCUACGCUCCUUCCAUCGACUCAGCAUUGCCUCCAUUCCAUCAACUCGGUCGUCUUCAUCCGGGAGCUCCGGUCUCAAGGCAUCUCCUUCCAGCUCUGGCCGCCCGCCACCACGCUCCUCACGCUCCUCGACGGGCACCGUCGUGACCCCAGCACCGGACCACUGGGCCCCACACUCUCGGCGUUGGACUCGAGGCAGCGCCCUCACAGAAUCCUCGAGCUCGGCUCCGGGACCGGCAUCGUCGGAAUCGCCGCCGCAGCCACGCUCGGGGCUACCGUCACGGUAACUGACCUCCCCCACGUCAUUCCUAACCUGUUAUUCAACGUGGAAGCAAACGCCUCCGUAUUGGCAGCUAACGGUGGGGUGGUCCACGUGGCGGCGCUGAGGUGGGGGGAAGCGGCGGACGUAGAGAAGAUUGGGCGGGAGUUUGAUCUUAUUCUAGCCUCGGAUGUAGUGUAUCACGAUCAUCUCUACGAGCCGUUGCUUAAUACGCUGCGUUUGCUGAUGUCAGGUGAGACGGAGGAGGAGGGAAGGGUGUUUGUGAUGGCCCACAUGAGGCGGUGGAAGAAGGACUCGGCUUUCUUCAAGAAAGCCAGGAAGCUUUUCGAGGUGGAGGUCUUGCACGUGGACCCCCCGUGCCUUGGCUCCCGGGUUGGAGUUGCCGUUUACCGUUUAACCGCCAAAAAGUCGAGUAGGAAAAUGUUGAAUUCUGUUGACAAUGCUAAUGUUAUCGCCUAACAAUCAUAUUCCAUCUUAAU